AUGCAGUUGCACGACCAUAUGAAGUACAUAGACUUGGGUUGCAAGAUGGCAUGCAUACCAAGAUAUCAAUGGAAAGGACGCCCUACUGAAAGACAGUUCUACGCUUCGGAGCAAAGGAUAGUGUUCCUUCUUGGAACCAUUUGCCAGAUAUUCCAGAUUACUGGAGUGCUUAUCUAUUGGUAUUGCAAUGGCCGUCUUGCCACGGAAACGGGCACCUUUGUGGCACAAUUAUCUGAAAUGUGCAGUUCUUUUUGUCUAACAUUUGUGGGAUUCUGUAACGUUUAUGCGAUCUCUACAAACCGCAAUCAAAUUGAAACAUUACUCGAGGAGCUUCAUCAGAUAUAUCCGAGAUACAGGAAAAAUCACUAUCGCUGCCAGCAUUAUUUUGACAUGGCCAUGACAAUAAUGAGAAUUGAGUUUCUUUUCUAUAUGAUCUUGUACGUGUACUACAAUAGUGCACCAUUAUGGGUGCUUCUUUGGGAACACUUGCACGAGGAAUAUGAUCUUAGCUUCAAGACGCAGACCAACACUUGGUUUCCAUGGAAAGUCCAUGGGUCGGCACUUGGAUUUGGUAUGGCUGUACUAAGCAUAACCGUGGGAUCCUUUGUGGGCGUAGGUUUCAGUAUUGUCACCCAGAAUCUUAUCUGUUUGUUAACCUUCCAACUAAAGUUGCACUACGAUGGAAUAUCCAGUCAGUUAGUAUCUCUCGAUUGCCGUCGUCCUGGAGCUCAUAAGGAGUUGAGCAUCCUCAUCGCCCACCACAGCCGAAUCCUUCAGCUGGGCGACCAAGUCAAUGACAUAAUGAACUUUGUAUUCGGCUCUAGCCUAGUAGGUGCCACUAUUGCCAUUUGUAUGUCAAGUGUUUCUAUAAUGCUACUGGACUUAGCAUCUGCCUUCAAAUAUGCCAGUGGUCUAGUGGCAUUCGUCCUCUACAACUUUGUCAUCUGCUACAUGGGAACCGAGGUCACUUUAGCUAGUGGCAAAGUAUUGCCAGCGGCCUUUUAUAACAAUUGGUAUGAAGGCGAUCUUGUUUAUCGAAGGAUGCUCCUCAUCCUGAUGAUGCGUGCUACGAAACCUUAUAUGUGGAAAACCUACAAGCUGGCACCUGUAUCCAUAACUACAUAUAUGGCAACAUUGAAGUUUUCAUAUCAAAUGUUUACCUGUGUGCGGUCCCUUAAAUAA